UAAAGCAGAGGAACACCAUACUUUGACUGUGGGGACCAACAGGAGGAUCACCCGCCCUACCCAACACACACACACACACACACCUCCUGCUGCGUCACGUCUACGCUUCAUUACAGCCAAUCAAACGGCUCAUUGACACAAGACUCGCACCGCAGAUCAAACCCGACAGUGAACGGGAUCCGGAACAGGGCAGACAAUGGUUCGCACAAAGUUUGUAGAUGUCUCGAUACUUUUGACCGAAAUUCUGCAUUGUGUUCAAUGCUUUUGUCCAAAAUCCACAUUUUCAUAUUCACAACAUAAUGUGUUUUGCUGUAUAGGACAAUGUGCUUGUAUUGGGACAGCAACAGGAUGGGAAAAGUCAGGAUGCUCUUUGUGAGGUUUGGGAAGAUGUGACGUCACGCGCGGCUCAUCGCUUCAUUUGGUGGCUUACCAUUGAAGGUUGAGCGUACGUGUGCACUCGCGCGCCUCUAAUCCCCUUUUGAUGAACUCUCCAAAGUGGACUUCCCGCCGAGCGGGCCGCCUUUCGGCUGCUGGAGCCGCACACGCCCACCACGCGGGCGGCAGCCACACGGACACAUAAAUGGGGCGGCCGGCCAGCCUCAAGCUCAUCACACGCCGCCGCAUGCAGCCGAGGAGACAAAAGUUGACGAUGCCUCCGCGCAGAAGCCUCUUCACGCCUUUCAUCCCGGAGACCCACGCGCUCCAGCGCGCCAAGCCCGAGGGCGAGCCUGGCAGUCCCGCGUGCGCCCUCGUGCAGCGGAGGUUUGGAGCCGGUGCGGGCGCGCUCCUCCAUGGCCUCCCGCAGGCGGCGGACGUGCGCACCGUCGAGCGCGCCCAGCGGCGGAGGCGCCUGGCCGCUAACGCCCGUGAGAGGCGACGCAUGCUUGGCCUCAACGUGGCCUUCGACCGACUGCGCAGCGUCAUCCCGCAGCUGCAGAGUGACAAGAAGCUGUCCAAGUCCGAGACGCUGCAGAUGGCGCAGAUCUACAUCGCCACACUCAACGAGCUGCUGCGUGGCGGCAGCGGCACGCCGGAGGAGACGGAAUGGGAGGAAGGGAGCGAUGGGGAGGCUGUGCGCGGGGAGCCCCUCGGGGAAGAGGGGCCCAGACGAACGGCCGCCAAAUUCUGCAAGGACCACACACACUUGCCGCACUGCAGCCCAAAGUGACUUUUGGACUUGGGGUUCUGCUGCCGCACUUCUUUGUCAACUUUUGGACUUGGGCGUCGGACCUGCUCGCCUGUUAAUAUGCUUGAAGUAUUUGUUGCAUUGACAUGUUUUUUUUCUCUUUCUAAAAUAGUCUCAUUAAAAUGUAUUCACUGCUUUA